AAAUCUUCUAACUGGGCUAGUUUAGGGCACGCUAUUAAAAGAACAUUGACAUUUUGUUUACAUUUUUAUAGGGGACGAGAUCUGUUUUAUGUUCUUAUAAUACUUGGUUGCUUACUUUCAUACACAGGAAAAAUAAAGUUUUUAAGUAUGUGUUAAACAGAGCCUGGUAUUAAACAAUUAUGUCGACAUCUGGCGGAGAGCAUCACCUGCGGUAUAUGCUGCUGAUGGGAGAAGGUGUCCCUUUUGUACUGAGAAGUCUGAUGAACAGAGAAGUCAAUACCUGUAAGAAAUCAUUGACUGACAUUUUGUCAGCAAAGGAGCACGAUCUGAGAGAACUGUUUAAACACGACAGCCAGUUUAAGAAACUCUUCCCGUCAAAAGGGCAUGUGAACACGGAGCUAGAAUCCUGGGACAUUGGUUUACUGUCGCAGAUUCUUUUGGAUAUUUUCGGACAAGACUUGACGCUUCAUGAACGUGUGCAGGUGAAGUCGUUUGGUUAUUCCAGGACAGACUUGAUACAUAGGUAUCUAGCUGUCUAUGAAGAGAAUGAAUUUACACGUGAUAUGUCAGAUUUGGUGGUCGUUUUGCUGCGGCUGUCUGCAGGCAUAGAUCAGCAAACGUAUGACAAAUGCCAGGAUCUGGUGAAAGAUUCCGCAAGUCUAGACAUUCCUGAACUCAUGGUUCGACUGAGGGCUUGUCACGAGUACGAUAACAAGAUGGUCGCGGAAAUAGAUGGCAGUGUCAAAGCGAAGAGGCUUAAGAAUGAACCAAAGAAAACAAACUCAAUUGAUUUAUUAAAAGAGUAUGAGUUUUCGUUGCGAAGAUUCGAAGAAUCGUUGACAAAACCAAGACUGAAAGAGAUAGACUUCGCAUAUGCACAAACGAUUGACAGCCGAAUAGAAAUUCGCUCACAGACGGCAGAAAAUGUUACGAAAGGGACCAUUCUCCUAAUGAAUGCUUUUCACAUAAUCCUUGGCCAGAUUGCUGAAAAAGGACCAAAUAAUGUAAGGAUAGUCAGCGACAAGAUUCUCAACGCCACACGAACGGUUACCAACCUGAUACAGAGUAUUGACGGUGCAUCCAUUUUCGAGGUGCUAUACAACCAUGUUCUCCUCAACAUCAAAUGUUCAAGUUCCCGCGCAAUGAAAAAAGUAUUAAAGAAGCUGCUUGGGCCUGAAUUCAAGGCGGCACUUGCAAACCUCGCGGAAACUCUGAAAGACGAACUAGGCGCAACAAUCCAUGUGAAAGGGCAUGUUAUGGAAUCAUGCAUCUUAGAAACAGAGGAUCAUUUGUGUGAGCAAGGACUAAUAGUGGGAACAUACGAUGAUUUGAGCUGUAAAGCCGGGCAUAAACACCCAAUUGUGAUGUUUUGCAACGACGAUGAACAGUUUUGUUGCCAUAUCUGCGCAUUACGUCAUCACAGAGCGUGCCCAGGACUACGACAAACAACUCAAGCUGAGAAAAUCAACUAUGCGAAAAAAGAUGUCAAAGAAUACAGUGCCAGGAUGGAACUUGAUGAUGCUGUUUGCUGGAUAAAUGGCAUUUGUGCCUUACCAAAUGGCAGUUUCCUGUUUACAGAUGAAAACAAUAAGCGCCUUAAGAAAAUUGACAGCGCGUUUAAUGUUGUCACACAAAUUGAGCUUCCGAAUGCCCCGUAUGAUGUUUGCUUCAUGGAAAACGACCAAGCAGCCGUUGGACUAUGGGGCAAAACUGUUCAGAUAAUGAAUGUGAAGGAGCAUCUUACGGUAGAAAAUACCUUUGAACUCGAACAUUCCAUUCUGGGUCUUAUCUACAGCAAGAAAAAGUUCUAUGUCACUGACGAAGGAUUUGUGUAUACCUAUAACAUUGAUGGCUCGGGAAAGCAUCUUUUGUAUAAAUCAAAUGCAGAACUGGUGUGUUUCUCCAAGAUGUGUCUUAGUGCGGAUGGGGAGAAGAUAUUCAUAGUUGACGGUUACGGCGGUCUUGAAACAAUUGACCGGAAAGGUAACCAUCUGUUCACCUUGCGCGAAGAGGAGCUAAAGAUGUCAAGGGGAAUAAGUUUAUCCAUGGAUAAAACUCUCCUUGUAUGCGAGUACGAGUACAGUACAGUUUUGCACAUAGAUGCCGAUGGGGAAAGGGUUCUUGGAACGGUUCUCGAGAAACUAAAUGGCGUGAACAGGCCAUCAGCACUAUGUUUUGACAAGAAGAGAUCAAAAUUGAUUGUAUGUCAAAGAGAUAAAUACGAAUUUCUUGUGUAUGACCUUGAAUAGAUUGAUUUUGUUUUGUUUGAACCAUAUGCAGGGUUUUUGUAAGGUCCUUUGCGUCUCUGGUAUUAUAGUUGUGUUUCGCCGUAAUUUUAUUUCCAUGAAUUACUGAUAGAAUGUCUUGUAAUAAUUACCAAUUAGAAAAUAAGAAUGGCAAGAUUAAAUAGUAUUUUGUUCAGUCUGACAAAUUUUCUUAGACGACAAAGCAUGGAGCAUUCCUUUGAACUUCGUAAUGGCAAGUAAUGAUAUCACAUACACUAUUCGAAAGUGUAACUUUUUUUUGUUAUUGUCUUCUCCUAGAACUAUGCUUAUUUGAGUGUUAAGGAAGUCAGAAUGAUCACAUUGUUUAAAUAACAUUGACACCCACUACCAUAAUACCCUUUUGAACUUGAAUAACAGUGUAACAACAGCUGGAGAAAGAUAUUUUAACUAAGCCUUCGUUACACCCGGGUUUAAAACAUCCUUCUUAUCAUGCAGAGUUGCAUUACUACAAUUCGCCAGUUUGUAACAAUAUAUAGGUCAACUAUUUUUAUACGCCCGUUUGAAAAACGGGACGUAUUAUGGGAACGCCCCUGGCGGGCGGGCGGCGUCCGCAGACUUUGUCCAAAGCAUGUCUUCUUCAUGCAUGGAGGGAUUUUGAUGAAACUUGGCACAGUUGUUCACCAUCAUGAGACGGAGUGUCGUGCGCAAGAACCAGGUCCCUAGGUCUAAGGUCAAGGUCACACUUAGAGGUCAAAUGUUAAAUUCAAGGAUGACUUUGUCCGGAGUAUAUCUUCUUCAUGCAUGGAAGGAUUUUGAUGUAGCUUGGCACAAUUGUUCAUCAUCAUGAGGCGGAGUGUCAUGCGCAAGAACCAGGUCACUAGCUCUAAGGUCAAGGUCACACAUAGAGGUCAAAGGAUACAAGAAUGCAAACUUUGUCCGGAGCAUUUCUUCUUCAUGCAUGGAGGGAUUUUGAUAUAACUUGGCACAAAUGUUCACCACCACAAGACGGAGUGUGAUGCGCAAGAACCAGGUCCCUAGGUCUAAGGUCAAGGUCACACUUAGAGGUCAAAGGUUAAAUUCAAGGAUGACUUUGUCCGGAGUAUAUCUUCUUCAUGCAUGGAAGGAUUUUGAUGUAGCUUGGCACAAUUGUUCACCAUCAUGAGGCGGAGUGUCAUGCGCAAGAACCAGGUCCCUAGCUCUAAGGUCAAGGUCACACAUAGAGGUCAAAGGAUACAAGAAUGCAAACUUUGUCCGGAGCAUUUCUUCUUCAUGCAUGGAGGGAUUUUGAUGAAACUUGGCACAGUUGUUCACCAUCAUGAGACGGAGUGUCAUGCGCAAGAACCAGGUCCCUAGGUCUAAGGUCAAGGUCACACUUAGAGGUCAAAGGUUAAAUUCAAGGAUGACUUUGUCCGGAGUAUAUCUUCUUCAUGCAUGGAAGGAUUUUGAUGUAGCUUGGCACAAUUGUUCACCAUCAUGAGGCGGAGUGUCAUGCGCAAGAACCAGGUCCCUAGCUCUAAGGUCAAGGUCACACUUAGAGGUCAAAGGAUACAAGAAUGCAAACUUUGUCCGGAGCAUUUCUUCUUCAUGCAUGGAGGGAUUUUGAUAUAACUUGGCACAAAUGUUCACCACCACAAGUCGGAGUGUCAUGUGCAAGAACCAGGACCCUUGGUCUAAGGUCAAGGUCACACUUAGAGGCCAAAGGUCAGAUACAAGAAUGAUUUUGUCCGGAGCAUUUCUUCUUCAUGCAUAGAGGGAUUUUGAUGUAACUUGGCACAAUUGUACACCAUCAUGAGGCGGAGUGUCAUGCGCAUGUCCCUUCUUUAGAAUUACUUCCCUUUGUUGUAACUCUAAAUAGCUUAUAUUGUAACUUUUUCAUUACUAGUCGUAGGGAAAAAUCGAGACCACUUUUCUGUAGUACAACAUGCAUGUUACAUCCAAUUCUGAUUUUUGACCUAUCUCUUACCUGGUAAGAUUUUUGUGUGGACUUACAUUUUUUUUCUUUUUUUUUGAUUUUUUUUUUUUUUUUGUAAAGAUUAACUUCCCUUAGUUGUUCCUAUAAAUAACUUACAUUGUAACUUUUUUAUAAAUGACCGUAGGGAAAAACCAAGACCACUUUUCAGUGGUACAACAUAGAUGUUACUUUCAAAUUUUAGGUGUAUUUUAAGGUAUCUCUACCUGGUAAGGAGUUUUUUUGUGGAUUAAGAAAACCAAAGAAUUACAAUAAUUACUAAAAAAACAUUGUAAACAACCACAAAAUUAAAAUUUCAUUUGCAAAUACAGGUGCUAGUGUAAAGAAAUAUGCUGUGGCGGGCGUAUAUUGUGACAUUCUGGCACUCUUGUUUAUAUCUAGCUAGAUUCAAAUUGUUAAAGCUUAAUCGCGCGGUGGUUCAAAUAAGUUACGAAAUAAUACGAUAAUAUCCGUGAUGAUAGAUACGAUAAUAUCUGUGAUAAUAGAUAUGAUUAUAUCUGUGAGAAAAGAAGGUUGUUUCACAUUUCAUGAUACUCGGUCAUCAGAGUCUGCUAUUAUUUUGCUUGUUUGCGAUCUUCUAGUAGAUCUUAUUGUUGGUAAAGGCAUUAGUGUCUUCCUUAUUUAGUUCAGAUAUUUCCCAGUAAAUUCAUGUAUAUUACUGUAAAUAUAUACAACUAUAAAAGUAAGGAGCCUAUAUAUUCAGCUUUGUUUCAGUGUAUAUACAAGUCAAAUGGUUUAUCGCGGCCAGAAAUUUGUACAAACCGGACAGAAGUUGCGAAAUUGUCAUUUGUGCAGGAAAGAAGCGUUUACCAUAAUGUCCAGGCCCCGUGUUCACAAAACAUUUUUCGAUCUCAGCUGAGUUUGAGUUUGAUAUUUUAAUAUCAGUUUUAUUAAAACUUCAAGGUUAAAUUCAAUCUGAGACAGACCAGCAAUAUUGAAGUGCCACUUGAAAAUAAUGUUGAGCAUAAAAUUAGGUUUUAAACAUACUCUUUUGAUAUAAAUGACGAUUUAAGUUUCAUUAUCAAACUCAGCUGAGACUGAAAACGUUUUGUGAACACGGGGCCAGUACUGGGCAGAUAUAGUGACAUACGUUUAAGAUAUCAUGCUUUCUGUUUAUGCAGGUAAACUUGUGUUUGGUUAAAUUUCAACAGAGCACAAUUGUCUGAACAGUGUACAGACUCAUUACUGUUUUUCAGGCAAGGGUGGAAAAAAAGUGGUAGACAAUGAAAGCAGUAACAUUUUUUAUUAAAAAAAAAAAAUAAUGAGAAACUCUUCCAACAUCUUUGGACGGUUCAAAAAUCCCAUGUUAAACAUACGGUAAAGCCCGAAACGCGUGAAAAUGUUCCGAAUGUAAAUCGGGUGAAGUAGGCGCUCUAUGUAUAGAGUUAGAUUAUGCGUCUAGAUACUGUACUAGAGGGGUCGGUCUACUGUGGGUUAUUGAUUACACUGGGCGAGUCUACUUACUUAUUACUUGAGGAUGAAAAAACCGUGUUUUUUAAAUGUUGCUCUUAAACAAGGGUGGCGGUUGAACUACAAAAAGUACAACAACAGUUAAUUCACAACAUAUCGUACGGUAUGUUUUAUAAUCAGUAGAAGCUAGUCGUAUUUACGCUUAUGAGACCUGUUUCACCCAUAGGUAUAGAAUUCACAGGUCUAUCAUGAAAUAUUUUCCCCAGCGCGCAUAUACUUCACCUAUUCCAUAUGAUCGCGGCCUCCAGCAAUAAGUGUUUCUUCUUGUUACAAAAUGCGACUCGGCCCGUUUUCUUUUAUCCUGCACACUUUUAACUUCCUAUACAUGUCUACUAUUGUAUACAAUGAUAAUGCGUAUAUUAAGACUGUAUUUAUUUAAGAGAGAAAAUAAAUAAAAACGUAUUCAGUUUUGUAAAAA